AUGUCCACCAAAAAGAAGGUGAAACUUAGUCAAAUUGAAGCAGAUCCGGAAGAAUUCGCCCUGAAAGUAUCAUACGUGACUGAAAUACAUCACUUUGACGACUAUGGGAAUCCAAUCAAAGCGGAGUCCCAACCUGGUCACAAAGUGGUCCGCGUUCCGCGCGGGUUGCAAGGACCUGAGAUUCAAGGCCUUGCACAAGAAGUAGUGGAGAAAUGUCGGAAGUACAUCCCACCAUCAAAGGUGGGCGAAGUGGAGGAGUUGCUCUUCGCCUUGGCCGAACACGAGGCAAUGCAGCGGCAAGGAGGUCGGGGGCAGGAACCUCCGCCGCCGCCUCCACCUCCACCUCCACCGCCAAAGCAGCGGCGACAGGAAGCGCUACUUCCUCAAGCAGACGUGCGUCAGAUUGAGGACUACGCGGAUCAACUUUAUGAGGACCGGAUGGAGCUCAAGGUUCAUGGUGUGAAGUGCAUCUUAAGAGUAUGCACCGAGCCCACCAGCCUGGAGCUCUUGGCAGACCAUGAGAACUUGCUUCAGGUCUUGAGCCGAGAACUUCGGGAGAACUCAAAGAAGAGCUUCGACUUGUCCGUGGCGGCGGUGUGUGUUUUUCUGACCUUCUCCCACUUCACGCAGUUUCAUCCCGUUCUGAUGCAGAACCAAUGCGGUGAUGUCACCAUGCGAGUCUUGGAGUACGAGAGCCAACGAGCUCAGGUGCGCAAGGAAGAUAUGCUCCGGCGGCAGAUGAGACUGCAAGAAUUGGGCGAUACCUGCACGCCUGAGGAUAAGAAGCUCUUUGCCAAGGAUGAGAAAAAGUACAGGCUACAGCUGAUAAAACAAAACAAACUGAUGCAUGUUUGCCUUUGUGUUCUGCUGAACUUGGCUGAGGAGAUCUCCAUCGAGAAAAAGAUGGUGAAUCGGAAGAUACCCCAUCUUCUCAUCCAGUUAUUGGACAGGACGCAAGAAGACUUGCUCCUAGUGGUGCUCACCUUUCUCAAAAAGCUGAGCGUCUUUGAGGAAAACAAGGAUCAGAUUGCUGUUCCUGAGACACUCUCCAACUUGGUGAGAUUGGCGCAGCAUCAGAACCAGCGCAUUGCGCUGUUGUCCCUGCGGCUAUUGUUCAACCUCUCUUUCAACGAGCGCGUGCGCGCUGCCCUGGUGGAGAGCGGAAUCGUCAAGUUGCUGGUGGAUCUGCUGAAGAACCCGCCCUUCCGGCACAUCGUCCUUCGGUUGUUGUAUCACUUUUCAAUGGACGAUCGAUGCAAGUCACUGAUGGCCUACCACAGGGACGGCAUGAUCAUGCUGUUGCAGCUCGUGGUGCACUUUCCAGAGCCGCGUGUCGGCAAGGACUUGGUGGCACUCAUGGUAAAUUUAGCCAGCAAUGCGCGUGCGGCAGAGGUCAUCGUCCAAAGCGGGCUAUUUCCUCCAAUUAUGCUCCGUGUGAUGAAGCACCGUGAUCCCCUUCUCUGCAAGGUGAUUCGAAACGUGGCUUCUCACUCUGGCGUUUUGGAACAGAUGUGCGAGGUCUUGGACACUGAAGGCGUCCGGAUGGCAAAGUGGAUGAAUGAAUUCGUGCGCAUGGCCGUGUGCUCGGUCGACCACCCUGACUUCCUCGUCGAGGUCUUGGGGACUUUGGCCAAUGUGACCUUGGAAGAGGCCUCCUCGCUCCAAAUGGCUCCAGCGGGGCCGAAGCGUCACGAGUUCCGCGCCAUGCCGCGGCCUGGCUCGGCGCCCUUGAGGAUCCCCGCACGGCCACAGUUCUUCUGGGCGCUGCGCCUAGAAGACGUGCCACAUCUGGAGGCCUUGCGGAAACCCUUGUUGGGCCGUCCGCAGAGUGCACCCCAAAUCUUUCAGGCGAGAGAGAACCUUCGACAGCAGAAGCAGAGAAACUUGAAGGUCUCUAGGCUUCACUGCCAGCCGACAAGCACGACUUCCUGCGAGGCGGCUGCGGAGAUGGCCAAGCGCUUGGGAUAUGUGCCUGGAAAGCCUCGGAUGAAGGCGAAGUCGCGCUUCCCAAAGCAGGAAUCGGAUCUUCCAGAGGUCCUGGAACACAUGAAGAAGCUUCUAGCUGAACAGAAAGCCUUAAUGCAAAAGCCACUGGAAUCCCAGGAGGUGCAGCUCACAAAGCACAAAGAUGUCUGUGAACUGAAGUUUCCGGAGAAUGGGGCCCGGCUGUUGGCGAAUCGAUGGCGGAAAGGCCACAGCGAGCAACCGCUCUUAGAUGGCGCCAAACGGAGAAGGCAGGAGCUGAUACGCGAGGACAUACGCCAACUGAGGACAUCCCACAAGGGAAAGUCCAAUGAAGGCGUGAUUGAAAUUGAAAUCUAUGGCCAAGCCUGUUGA